CGCUGUCUCGAGCGCGCGCACGUCUCCUCCGGCCAGCAGGUGUCGGUGUGUGUCGAGUGUCUCCGUGUCGUUUCUUCGCCGGUUUCGUCAACCUUGAUGGAGUUGCACGUGAAAACAUUUGUCCUAAGUUGAGCCGUUCGGCAUCAUCGCAGCACGUCGUUAUGGCCAAGUAUCUGGCUCAGAUCAUCGUGAUGGGGGCUCAGGUGGUCGGGCGAGCUUUUGCCAGAGCCUUACGUCAAGAAUUUGCAGCCAGUCAGGCAGCUGCGGAGGCCCGGGGUCAGGCGGGCAGGCAGUCUGCGGCCGCGUCUAGUUUCACGGGAAUGACCUUGCAAGAAGCCCAGCAGAUACUGAACCUCUCCACGUUAACACCAGAGGAGAUCCAGAAGAAUUACGAGCAUCUGUUUAAAGUCAACGACAAAGAGGUUGGCGGUUCGUUCUAUCUUCAGUCAAAGGUGGUACGGGCUAAAGAGCGUCUGGACGAAGAGCUCUCCAUUCAGCAGCAGCACCAAACCAAACCACCAGAUCAACAGCAGCAGACGUGAGCUCCGUCCCUCAAACCCCUCCACUGUGACCCCAUUAAAACCUCAUCUUUUUGUACAUUUGAGUGGAGGAGUGUUUUCUGGACAUCACUCGGAAGGUAAU